UUAUGCAUCAUAGUUUGCGGCCUGCUGAUCUCAGCUGAGCGCACUGGCGUCCGAUCUUGGGCUGAUACUCAGGGAAUGGCAUCGGAAACCUCGAACUUCCGUUCGUAGCCGUUGUCUAUGUAUACGUACUUGAUCCGUUUUCUAUUUACGUCUCAAACGACUGAUUUUAUUUCAGUUCGGACGGGCUGUAUUCAUGCACGGGACACUGCCAUCGUCGGACGUUGGCUGUUCCCGUUGCGUUCAUAGUCAACAAACAUUCGCAGGAAUUAUCAUUCAGCUUCGCCUGCUAACGCAGCCAUGGUUUCUCCAAUUCCAGUUGGCAACGUCCAGCCAUGCAGGCAGACAAGCACACGUACCCCUCUGAAUCAUUUCAACGCACUCACGACUGCAUGCAUCCUUCUCGAACAUAUACAGACUCUCGAGCGACUCCGUGACGAGAUACAACACCGCGUAGAAGCUAAAAGACAGAAGCUGCACUUCCUGGAGGCGUUCACUCCGAGACGGAGGCUUCGAGAUGCUUUGUCCGAGUCCAUCGUCUUACAACAACAGAUGCAGGACUCACCCACCUCCACACGUAGCAGUCAUUCCCCUUCACCUCGCCUUCACGGGCUAUACGAUGUUCAUGGUCCCGGAUGUGCCAACCAGGACUCUCUACAGACUACGGCUGACUUCUCCCCGCUGAGUCUCGUCGAUCUUUCGAUCUACAGCAGGGAUCAUGAAGUAGUCUGGGAAGAUGACGACGACGAAGCUUUGUUGUGUCCAUCUGCCGAUGAAGCUGUCGAGGAUUAUGCGGGAAGCGGAGAUGGCUUAAAAGAGUACUGCGACCAGCUCAACUAUCUUACCUCUCCUUUCCACGUUGUUCCUUCCUCGUCCGGGAUUACCUCCAAAGCCCAAGGUUUCCCGCUAGUACCCGAUUCCACUAACGAUUUACUGAUUGUGUUUGCCAGAACCUGAUCGGGUUUCUGUACCAACCAGGCAAACAUCGAACAGGUACCGAUCCACCGCUCACGGCAAAAAGUCUCCAUCAGGCGUGAAGGGCAAAGGGGUCGUACGUCGUGGAUCUUCUAA